AGGGCUGAUGGUGCGGAAACUGCUACUAUUAAGGGUAUUCUGAAUUCGUAUGGUCGGGCGUCGGGUCAGUUGAUCAAUUACUCUAAAUCAGCAAUGUUCUUUAGUACAAACCGCAUCAGAUUCGGGAUAAUCUAUGUCAUGUUAUGGAGGUCAGGAGAGAUGCUACAUUGGGAAAUUAUUUGGGGCUACCGGCUGAUAUAGGUCGGUCUAAACGUGCAAUGUUUGCAUUUUUAAAGGAUAAAAUGAUAACUAGAAUUGAUGAUUGGAGUGGUAUUAUUCUUAAUCAGGCGGGCCAUGAGGUAAAACUCAAAUCGGUGGCAAUGGCUCUUCCGACUUAUGUGAUGUCUUGUGUUAAAAUUCCAGAGAGUCUUUGUUCAGAGAUUUCCGCUAUAGUGGCAUCUUUUUGGUGGGGGGAGAGUGCGGGAAAAAGGAAGAUGCAUUGGAUGACGUGGGAUAAACUUUGCGAGAAGAAGUCAGGAGGGGGAUUGGGCUUUCGGGACCUUUCAUGCUUUAAUCUUGCUCUUUUGGCUAAGCAAGGUUGGAGACUAUUAUUGGAUGAGAACUCUCUACUUUCACAGGUACUUAGAGCUAAAUAUUUUCCGAACUCUUCGUUCUUUGAAGCAAAGGCUGGGUCGAAUCCCUCGUGGACGUGGCGCAGUAUUUUGGAAGGGAGGAAAGUGCUAAUGGAAGGCAUGCGUUGGAGGAUUGGGAAUGGAAGGAGGGUAAGGGCGGGACAGGAUCCGUGGCUGCCAAAAACUAGUGGUUUUCGGCCUAGAGGAAUAUGCAGAAAUGGAACUAUAGGCCUAAUGUUGUGAUGUAUAACACAAUCAUCGACAACCUUUGUAAGGACGGGAACAUAGAUGAUGCUUUGAGCCUCUUAUCAGAGAUGAGAGGGUGGGAUAUUAUGCCUAAUGUCGUCACCUAUAACUCUUUGGUUGAUGGCUUAUGCAAAUCAGGUCGAGGGAAGGAUGCCACAAGAAUAUUGAGUGACAUGACGGAACAAAACAUUUUCCCCGAUGUUAUAACCUUCUCUACGGUGGUGGAUGCACUUUGCAUGGAGGGAAGGACUGAAGAAGCGGAGGUUAUACUCGAGAUCAUGAUCCGAAGAGGUGAGAGACCCAAUGUUAUCACUUAUAAUGCACUGAUGGACGGAUAUUGUUUGCAAGGCCAAAUGAAUAAAGCAAAAGAAGUGUUCAACUCUUUGGUGGAUAGAGGCCUUGAGCCUGAUAUCCUUAGCUAUAAUAUUUUAAUCAAUGGUUUCUACAAUAAGAUGAAUGUAGACGAGGCCAUGGAUCUUUUUAGAGAAAUGCCUUGUAAAGGUUUAAAACCUGAUAUUGGUACAUACAACACUUUGUUAAAGGGGCUGUUGCACGCAGGGAGAUGUGAUGCAGUAGAUCAUAUAUUUCAUGAGAUGAAGUGUAGCGAUCAAAAUCCUGACAUUUUAACGUACUUAAUCUUGUUAGACGGAUUCUUUAAGAAUCAAAAAAUUGGCAAGGCAGUAAAGGUGUUUCAUUCAAUGCUAGAUCAAGGAAUAGUUCCUAAUAAGUUUAUUUAUUCUAUCAUCAUUAAUGGCAUGUGCAAAGCUGGGAAGAUUGAAGAUGCUCGCAAAGUUUUUAGUGUCUUCUUAGCUAAAGUUUUGAAACCCGAUGUUAAGGUUUACACAACAAUGAUUAGUGGACUUUGUAAGGCGGCUUUGGUAGACGAAGCUGAGGAGUUACUUCUGCAAAUGGAGGGAGAUGGGUGCCCACCAGAUGAUAUGACUUACAAUAUUAUGGUCCGGGCAUUCCUAAAGAGGGGAGACAUGCACAAGGUUAAGAUACUUCUACUAGAAACAAUCAACAGGAAUUUCAAACCAGAUGCAUCUACCAUGUCCAUGAUAGUAGAUGUGCUUCGGGCUGAGGGUGAGGAUAGCGAUUUUUUUAAAAUGAUCCAGAGUCUUGUGCCAAGGGAAGAUGGUAAAGCUGUGUCCCAAACUUUUAAGGGAAUUAUUUGAAGUUGUCAGAUUAUGGAUGCUUGUGCAAGUGACAUGGAAGGAUUUUAUGAGAUUCUAUGUUUUCAACUUUAGGAACAAGUUUCACCUUUACCAUGUCAUUUGUCUUGUAAUUUUGCUCGAGGUUAUACUAUGAUAUCGUGAUUUUAUAUUCUUGUGAUGUUGGUUAUUUUUAUAGAUGAUGCAUUUUUUCCCACUAGAAUGUCUUUUCUCUUGGUAAAACUUAUGUUAAGUUGUUAAAUAAUCAUCCUAAUGGGUAAACACAUGGAAAGCUAUUCAUGCGAAAUCACAAAUGGCAGUGAAAUCUAUAAUGAUGAGCACAAACAAAUAUGAAAAAUUGAAUAUUUCAGUAUUUUAGUUUGGCCGCAAUUAUUUGUUUAAAGUGUUAGAAUACCUUCGUAAAUUGGUGGCACUUAUUUCUAUGAAUCUUGACUGAUGUUAGGUGUACUUCCGGUAGGUCACUCUUAUCUUUCUCCUUCCCGUCUCUAUGUUUCAUCUACUCUCUAAGGCCAUAUUGAUUGAAAUUUCGUAAAGUUUCUCUGGAUUUUGCGCUAAAAAAACUCUCAAGCAAGCAGAAAAAGGAUCAUACCCAGUGCACGAAGCUCCCGCUUACGUGGGUUCUUUGAAUGAUUGAUGUAAGUAGCCUAUGAAGCACCGGUACGCCAGAAACAAUGGCGUACACGUACCUGGUACGGGUACGGGCUGGGUACGCCGGAAACGCAUCGGGUACGCCGGAAACGAACCGGGUACGUUCGUAUGUUUAGGGUUCGGCAUGGGUACGCGAAAUACUUUGAUGGGUACGCAAAGAAGAAGAAGAAGCAGAUGAGAAGAAAGAUCGAAGAAGAAGAAGAAAGAUCGAAGAAAAAGAAGAAGAGAGAGAAAGGGAGAAACCUGUUGAUCCACUGCUACUGCGAGAGAGAGACGUCGGACGGAGAAGAGAGACGAUGAUCGAUGGCGACGAGAGAGAGAGACGUCCGACGACGAUGAUGAUCGACGGCCAAAGAGUCAGAGAGAGUCCAUGGCGAGAGAGUCCACGGCGACGUCGGCGAGAGAGUCAGAGACGAUGUGGGACAGUGGG